AAUAAAGAUCUACCGGAGCGACACAAAUAUACCGUGAAGACGGAAGCUGUCAUAUGCAAGAGAUCUUUGUUUUGAGUGGAACCUACAGUUUAUCAUCCAAAAAUAUACAGUACUUUGACAAAGUCAUGGUCGAAUGCGAACGCGUGCGGGACCGGUGAGAGAGAGAGAGAGAGAGAGAGAGAGAGAGAGGACACGGCGGAGGAGAGGAGAGGAUGAGGAUGCUGCAGCUUGCAGUGACACCACAUCUGCGUCUAAACCUGCUGGAUCCAUAUGAUAGUCUUACUGAAUGUAGCCUAAGGGAACAGAUUUACCUGUUUGUUUAAGAUUACGUGGUGAGAUUCAGAGUCCCUUACCCGUGAUUUAGGCCUAGCACAAUUGUAUUGAAGGCUUGGGACAGCUUGUAUUUAUUAUACACUUAGAAGGCGUUUGUAAAUGAGAUGAGGUCAUGAUGCCAGGUGGUAGAUGCAUCUAAAAACUUUGGUAGUCAGUACCAUCAGGAGCUUAUUGAUACUGCGCCUGGCUCUCUGGAAGGCAUGCACUGGGAAUGAAAAAUGUGAUCGAUUACUGAGAUCACUUGCAUGAUGUUAUUGAGAAGGGUGACUUUGAUUGGCAAAGCAGUGAAUUAGGUUGCUUCGAUGGACCUGCAAUUUCCUCAUUUCCACAUUUUCCUUUCACUUACAUGCUUCUGCGAGAUCUGAUUUGAAACAAGGCUCAAAGAUUUCAGAAUAAUGACUGGACCCGCAUGACUGCUGCUGAGACAGAUUUUAGGGAAUCCCAAUCUCAGUAUGGAUAUAUUUCUAGGUUUUUGUAGACCCCUGGGAGACUAUUUUAGAAAAUCACAACUCACUAAAGAACUCAAAGGUACGCUGUUGUAAUAUUGCAUGCAGUAGCGAGUUUAACAGGACCUAGAAGCCACUAUGUCAUCUAAAGAACUGUCAGUGAUUCAGGUAGUUCAGUAUGUAGGGCCAUAUCGACUGGAGAAGACCCUCGGGAAAGGCCAGACAGGUCUGGUGAAGCUGGGGAUUCAUUGCAUCACUGGUCAAAAAGUAGCCAUCAAAAUAGUCAACAGAGAAAAGCUCUCAGAGUCUGUGCUGAUGAAGGUGGAAAGAGAGAUUGCCAUUUUAAAACUGAUCGAGCAUCCACAUGUGUUGAAACUUCAUGAUGUUUAUGAGAACAACAAAUACCUAUAUUUGGUGUUGGAGCAUGUAUCAGGUGGAGAGCUCUUUGACUAUUUGGUGAAGAAGGGCAGACUGACGCCUAAAGAGGCGAGAAAGUUCUUCAGACAAAUCAUAUCUGCUUUGGACUUCUGUCACAGUCACUCCAUUUGCCAUAGAGACCUGAAGCCAGAAAACCUCCUGCUGGAUGAGAGGAACAAUAUCAGAAUUGCAGACUUUGGCAUGGCCUCACUACAGGUGGGAGACAGUAUGUUAGAGACAAGCUGUGGAUCUCCACAUUAUGCUUGUCCAGAGGUUAUCAGGGGUGAGAAAUAUGAUGGACGACGGGCGGACGUGUGGAGCUGUGGAGUCAUUCUUUUUGCUCUGCUAGUGGGAGCGCUGCCCUUCGACCACGAUAACCUGCGACAGCUGCUGGAGAAGGUGAAGAGUGGAGAGUUCCACAUGCCCCAGUUCAUCCCACCCGACUGCCAGGCUCUGCUGCGGGGCAUGAUUGAGGUCAACCCUGAAAAGAGACUCACGCUAGAGGCCAUUCAGAAGCAUGCCUGGUAUCAAACUGGCCGUAAUGAGUCAUGUCUGGAGCAGCCGCCCCCGAGGCGUGUGUGCAUGGGAAGGAUCAUGUCUCUCACAGAGCUGGACCCAGAUGUGUUGGGCAGCAUGUAUUCUCUGGGGUGUUUCAGGGACAGGGUUAAACUCACCCAAGACCUGCAGUGUGAAGGAGAUAACCAGGAGAAGAUGAUCUAUUAUCUCCUGCUGGAUAGGAAAGAGCGCUAUCCCAGCUAUGAGGAUGAGGAUCUUCCUCCCAGAAACAAUGUUGACCCUCCACGGAAGCGCAUAGACUCACCCAUGUUAAGCCGCCAUGGCCGUUGUCGGCCAGAGAGGAAGAGUCUGGAGGUGUUGAGUGUAACGGAGCAGGGCUCUCCCACACCCUCACGCAGAGCAUUGGACACCUCCUCUCACAGCCAAAGAUCUCGAUCUGUUAGUGGAGCGUCAACUGGUCUGUCUUCUAGUCCUCUAAGUAGUCCCAGGAGCCCCGUCUUUACAUUCAGCAAAUCAGAGGUCACUGCAGCCACCAGAGCAGGAAGCGGCAGCACCACCCUUCGCCCCAAUCGAUUGCAUGAACCCAAAACUCAGACGCUUCCAUACAAAACUCCCCUUGACCGCCCCCAACUGCAGUCCAUGAAGUCCCUCCCCCUGCCCGCCUCCACCUCUCACUCUCCCUCCCCUUCCCCGCUCUUGUCACCCUUUCCCCGCUUCCUGUUCUUUGCUUCUCCGUCUGCAGUGCUGAAGUCAGUGACUAAAAGCUUGUAUCCCAUGUCUCAGGUAACCCCUCAGGGCUCUCCCCUGCCUACCCCCCUGGGUACCCCUGUGCAUCACCCCCACCCCCCCACUGCUACCCAACCCUGUUCCUCCUCCUCUUCCUCUUCUUCCUCCCGAGUUGAGGGAGGAGGUGUGGGCAUCAGCUCACUCUCCUUGACCCCACCCUCUAGUCCGGGAGGAGGUGGGGGCAUGGCUGCCAGUAGCUCGGCCCAUUGGAGGACACGCCUUAACUCAUUGAAGAACAACCUUCUGGGGUCACCGCGAUUCCAUCGGCGCAAGUUGCAGGUGCCAACUUCAGAGGACAUGUCCAGUUUAACUCCAGAAUCAAGUCCAGAAGCCAAAAAGAAGUUCGAAACAGCUGAGCAACGACAUACUGUUUGCGAACAUUCAGACACCGGCCACACCGCUGGAGCCUUUAAAUAUGAGGACGCACUGGACUACAUACUGGCUAAGAGGUCUUGGUUUGGGAAUUUCAUCAGUCUGGAGAAAGAAGAGCAGAUUUUUGUGGUCAUCAGAGACAAACCACUUAGUUCCAUCAAAGCUGACAUCGUCCAUGCAUUUCUCUCUAUCCCCUCCCUCAGUCACAGCGUAAUUUCUCAGACGAGUUUCCGUGCAGAGUACAAGUCUUCUGGUGGUCCAUCCGUCUUCCAGAAACCUGUCAAAUUCCAGGUAGACAUCUCGUUCUCUGAGGGGGACAGAGAGCGGGAGAGGGAGAGACAGAGGGAAGGACAGAAGGAUUUUGGAAUCUACAGUGUUAAUUUUAGCCUUAUAUCAGGUCCAAGUCGCAGGUUUAGAAGAGUUGUUGAAACGAUUGAAGCUCAGUUGCUCAGUUCUCAUGAUCAGCCCUUGGUACAAACUCUUUCAGAUGAGAAGAACUGUCGCCCUCCUAGGACACCAUCCAGACAAAACUCAGAAGGCAGGGCCGAUCGCUGUGAAUGGGUGGAUCGUGGAGAGGGCGGGGUUUUACUCCAGCGCAGGGGGUCGGGCAAAGAGAGAACCCGCCUACUUUCCUCCAGUGGAACGCAGUCACAGCCCUGAGUUAGGAACAAUGUGUAUAAACAGCAAACCAUUAAGAUAUGAGCCAUGCCACAAAAUGAGACCUAAAUGCCCCUUGUCGCCUUCUCAGCUCGGAACAGCAUGAUAAUAGAAUGUGUUUUAAAGAGGAGCUUUUCGAAGGUCUAAUGAAACCAAAUACUGAUGCACAUGGGCGCGCUGACUUAUUGUGGAUGAACAUGGGGUGCAAUGAAGCAAGAAUGAUCUCUAUUAAACAUCAACACAAUCAAACACAACAUGGACCUAUUUGGGAUCUACCACCUCCAAACUAAAAAUAGUUUCAUUUAAACUGUUUAUCAUCAUGGACAAUGCUUUAAUUUUAUGCUGUUCUCUAAUGUAAUUUUGAUGUAAAGUGCAUUUGUGAAACUAAUGGUUCCAGUCGGGUGUAGCACACUAUUUGUUUCUUACAGGCUCUGUAUCUGUUUAAAGAUGAAGUGUGCAAUUUUUCUGAUGUUAAAAUACUUGAAUCCCUGCUUAAUAUGCAGAGACAACUAUAAGUAAUCCAUUGGUAGUGUGAUUUCCCCAAAAAGUGUAAAGACUGUGGCGCUAUCAAAACAUCACUCUGUUUGUUUGAGUAUUCUGACCAACCCUAUUUGUUUAUCCAGCCAGUGGAAGACUGGCACAGUGUUUGGAAAACCUUUUUUGGUCAUUAUUUUUGGAAUUCCGUUUGGUGACGUGGAAAUUACACACUUCACCUUUAAGUAGCUGAGUAAUUAUAGCAACUGAGAUGUUAUUCCAAUUUAGCCUAAACCUUAUCAUUCAGCUCAAGUAAAAAAACAAAAUGUGAUCCAGCUCCAAAAGCUAUCAGCACCACGAGUCUGCUCAGACAUAUGCAAUAAAUAUCAAUAAGCUAAAAAAGGUUCAGUUUAACAAAGAUGCACAUGCUGAAUCUUUUAAAACACGAUUACCUCCUUUAGCAGACAGACUGAUUUCAUGACAGUAAAUAAAUAUCGUUGCUCACCAGCCCUAUGUCAUUAGUACUAAUAGACAAGUUCAUUUUCAAAACUGAGGUUCCUGUUACCCAUAUAAAUGCUGUAUGCUAAAUUUCAUCAACCCUCACUGCAACUUUCUCUACCAAAUGACAAGAGGAGGAAUUCUUAUUGUAAAACAACACUUUCUGUUUUAGACCUCAUUAAAUCUGGCUGUGAUUCACCCUUUUGGCAGCUCAAAUGUAUGAGAGUGCAUCUGAACAAUGGUGGAGAAUUCUUAUGACUUUUGACUCUAGAAAAGGUGCCAAGAGUUCAAAUUUAGGAAAUCUAGGAAAAGGAAAUGUGAAAAGGAUAUUCAUCCCAAUCUGUUGCUGCAAGACAACAACCAAGUGAAUGUCAUAUUUUAUUUGUGAGUUUUGAUUUAUUUAAACUAAUUGAUUUAUUUGCAUAUUACUUAUGGGGAUUGGCACAGUGAAAAAGAGUGGCCAGUAGUUGUAAAUAUCUGUGUGUUGAAAAAUAAUGGAAUGUUUAGGGUCUUAAAUAAUUUGGGGUAAUAAGAUAAUAACAAACCUUUUAAUCUGUGGGAAAGGCAGAUUUUAUUUUUCUCUCCUUGAGAAGACAUGAAAAAAUAAGGUCUUUUGACUUGUGUCAUAAACAUAUUUUGGACUUACACUGUAAAAACUGUUGAAAAUGCGCAUCAGGUUUAGUCAAAAAUAUUAUCUGAAUACAGUUUACACCAAUUAAGGGGAUACUUCACCCAAAAAUGAAAAUUCUAUCAUUAUUUAC